CUGAGAGCAAAAUUUAAAAAAAAAGGCUUAAUUAAGAUAAUUAUCAGUUCAAUUAAGGGUCUAGUUCAGUAAUUGAGAGGUCAGUUUGAUUGAAAACCAGCAGACACAGCAGGGGGUCCCCCGGACCGGGGUUCAAAACCGCUGCAUUAGAAUAUUUUAUUAACAUUUCAUGAUUUUUUUCGGGGGGAGGGGGGUUCAUUUCAAGAGCGAGACUUGAUAAAACGUUACUAAAAACGUUGAGUUAAUUAUUUGGUUAAUUUGUAACCCAAUUUGAAUUUAAUUAGGUGCGAAACGGACACCCGUAUAUUAGCUUCUGCUGGUUGCUAUAGUAACCAGGGGGAAAAAAAAAAAAAAACACAACCGGAAACAGAAAUGUACCUAGGUUUGUGUUUUAAAAAUAAAAAACGCCGUUUAGCAAAAAAUGACAGCGGAUAGAACGGUUUAAAAAAAAUAAAAAAAUAAAAGAAAAGACGUUGACGAGGUAAACAUUGUCUGCUUCAGGUAUAACUUCGUAAAAAAUGAUUUUUGUUAAUUUAGAACAAUACGGCUUUUUUUAUUUUCGAAAAACAGUAGCUGUUUUGCCAUAGACAAAUACAUACAAUUAUAUAUACCAACUAACUUAUAUUAUUAUUACUAUUAUUAUUAUUAUUAUUAUUAUUAUAACCGCGGCCUUGUUUAUUUUUUCUUGCGCGCAGUACGUGGUAAUGAUGGGCGUUGCUAAGGGCAACGAUCUCUGUACCUGUGUUGUGUUUCUGCGCUUGUUCAGAGUAAAUAAUUAAUCUACAAAUAUGCCAAUUCAAAGGGCUUUUCGUGUCCUGAUUUUUUGUUAUUUAUAUAAUUGAAAGGUAACUGUGGUCACACACGCACAGCUAUACUGCUACUGGCGGCGUUAAUUUAGUUUACUGUGUUUGUUUAGGCGUCCUUUUUUUUUUUUUUUUUGGUAUUUACUUUGGACGGAUCGAGAGGCGGACGUGCAGUGGAAAAAAAAAAGAUUAUUCUGUCUUUCUGACGACUAAAGAGUAGUUCUGUAAAAGGAAGAAAAAAAAGCCCUCUCAGUAAUGGAAGGUGCCAAGGUGGGAAUCCCCUCUUCUCCAGUCUCGCAGAGCGCCCCUCGUGGAAAGCCUGGGUCGCUGGUUCUCCCUCCCACCCCCUGCGUGGAGUACAGCGAGCCCAGCGGGACCCCCACUCAGACCGGACCCCUGAAGGAGCGCAGGACCUCCGCAGAGCUGCCACAAAGCACAGAGGGCGUGCCUGUGUGUUUGUGUGCAUCUGUAGUGUUUGUGUGUAUCUGUAGUGUAGGCGUGCCUGUGUGUUUGUGUGUAUCUGUUGUGUAGGCGUGCCUGUGUGUUUGUGUGUGUUUGUGUGCAUCUGUAGUGUUUGUGUGUAUCUGUGAAGGUGUGCCUGUGUGUUUUGUGUGUAUCUGUUGUGUAGGCGUGCCUGUGUGUUGUGUGUAUCUGUAGUGUGUGUGUAUCUGUAGUGUAAGCAUGCCUGUGUGUUUGUGUGUAUCUGUAGUGUGUGUGUAUCUGUAGUGUAAGCAUGCCUGUGUGUUUGCAGCCCCCCUUUCUCUCUCCAGUCCGGAGCUGUUGUCCGAGUUGAAGACUGGGAAGCAGCUGAGACGCGUUCCCAGGAGUACCGGGAUGACCACAGUGUUCUCCGGACGAGGCAGAGCGGGCCAUCGCCUGAACUCGGAGUAACUCUGAUUGGUCGGCACAGCCAGCCAAUCGGAACGCUGCUCCACGCUGCCACACAGCCAAUCAGCGACAGCGGCGACCCCUCUGUGAACUGUGACCUCCCGAUUCGGGGGUGCGAGAGGCCAACCGCAGCCCGUGCCAACUCCCAGCAAAACCAAUCUGCCUCUAACAGCCAUGCCAGCAGCCUAAUCGAUGUGUACUGUGAAUUACUGCGCUUUACUGGACUCUGGGACGCACUGAAAAAAUAAAGCUGAGAGACUGGGAUGGAAGGAAGACUCCCACUGCACAGCAGUGCGAUCCAUUCCAGGUUUUACUACCAGCUUGAUCAGCCCCAGUGUGUCUAGCUAACAAGCUCAGGUGUGUCUGAUUAUUAAACUCACAGCGAAACCAGGAAUGGAUCAAACCGCUCUGCGACGGGAGUCUCAUUUCCAUCCUUGAGAAAAAUGAUCUAACAACAAACAGGAUCUAGAAAAGAACAGAUCACAACCCUCUCCCUCUCCCUCUCUCUCAUCUCUCUCAUCUCUCUGUCUCUCUCUCUCUCUCUCCCCCCCUCUCUCCCUCUCUCUCUCUCUCUCUCGUUUAGUCACCUCUCCUCUUGAUUCUAAUUAUAUAUUACAGUUAGAAGGGAAGACUUCAAACGUCAGCCAAGCGUUUAAUUGUUCAGAGGCAGGGUCUGUUUUAAGGAUCUAGCAUCCCAGAGCUGUGUUUUAAUUCUUCCUGUAAUAGUAACCCAGGCGGGGGUCCCUCAGAAGUGAUUUGUUGAGAGAAUUCUGAACGUGAUUAAUACGCACAGUACCGACACAGUGAAAUCAGGGUUGAACAUUUUCAGGGAGGCGAUCAUUGAAACAGACCCUUCAGGGGUUUCGCCUAAACCUUCAAAACCGUUGUCAAAAGUGUGUGUGUGUGUGUCUGUCUGUCUGUCUCUCUGUCUGUGAGUGUGUGUCUGUCUCUGUGUCUGUCUGUGAGUGAAUGUGUCUGUGUGUGUGUCUCUGUCUGUGGGUGUCUGUCUCUGUGUCUCUGUGUGUGUGUGUGUGUGUGUCUGUCUGUCUGUCUGUCUCUCUGUCUGUGAGUGGGUGUCUGUCUCUGUGUCUCUGUGUGUGUGUCUCUAGCACUCUGCAGUGUUUGUACAGUAGCCAGCGUACAGUGUAAGCGAAUUUAGUUCUCAAGAAAAAGAGAAUAGGGAAGAAAGAAAAAAUUUAAAAAGAAGGAAAAAGAAAACGAAGGGAAGAAUGAAAGAAAGUAAAUAAAAGGGAAGAAUAAAAGGAAGGGGGGAUGAAGAGAAAGAAUGGAGGGAAGGCUAAAAGAAGAAUGAAAUAAAUUGAAGGAAAGAAUUAAACAGUUUUUUGUGUUUUAUCAGUAUUUCAAUCACACACGCCUAUUCUGGUAUUUUAUCUGCUAAUAAGACCCAAGCCUAUCAACAAAUACCAAUCAUGUUACCCUCUGGCUUUACCGCAGCUUGUCAGAUUAAUGAGUCACCAGCCAUCGACCUUUCCACUCCACACAGAGCAGAUUGCUGGCUGGCUGGUGGCAGUAAAAGCUGAUUACAGGAACGUUUUGCCUUUUCCAGUCAAAGUGACACGUCUCUGAUUCCAGUAAUCAGACGCACAGCUUCCCUCCCUUCCUCCCAGUCCCUCCUCGGCUCUACUAGAGCCACACUGCUUCCCUCCCUCCCAGUCCCUCCUCAGCUCCACUAGAGCCACACUGCUUCCCUCCGUCCCAGUCCCUCCUCAGCUCCACUAGAGCCACACUGCCUCCCUCCCUCCCAGUCCCUCCUCAGCUCCACUAGAGCCACACUGCCUCCCUCCCAGUCCCUCCUCAGCUCCACUAGAGCCACACUGAUUCCCUCCCAGUCCCUCCUCAGCUCCACUAGAGCCACACUGCUUCCCUCCCAGUCCCUCCUCAGCUCCACUAGAGCCACACUGCUUCCCUCCCUCCCAGUCCCUCCUCAGCUCCACUAGAGCCACACUGCCUCCCUCCCUCCCAGUCCCUCCUCAGCUCCACUAGAGCCACACUGCCUCUCCCUCCCAGUCCCUCCUCAGCUCCACACUGCUUCCCACCCUCCCAGUCCCUCCUCAGCUCCACUAGAGCCACACUGCCUCCCUCCCUCCCAGUCCCUCCUCAGCUCCACACUGCCUCCCUCCCUCCCAGUCCCUCCUCAGCUCCACACUGCCUCCCUCCCUCCCAGUCCCUCCUCAGCUCCACUAGAGCCACACUGCCUCCCUCCCUCCCAGUCCCUCCUCAGCUCCACUAGAGCCACACUGCCUCCCUCCCUCCCAGUCCCUCCUCAGCUCCACUAGAGCCACAGUGCUUCCCUCCCUCCCAGUCCCUCCUCAGCUCCACUAGAGCCACACUGCUUCCCUCCGUCCCAGUCCCUCCUCAGCUCCACUAGAGCCACACUGCCUCCCUCCCUCCCAGUCCCUCCUCAGCUCCACUAGAGCCACACUGCUUCCCUCCUUCCCAGUCCCUCCUCAGCUCCACUAGAGCCACACUGCUUCCCUCCCUCCCUCCCAGUCCCUCCUCAGCUCCACUAGAGCCACACUGCCUCCCUCCCUCCCAGUCCCUCCUCAGCUCCACUAGAGCCACACUGCCUCCCUCCCUCCCAGUCCCUCCUCAGCUCCACUAGAGCCACACUGCCUCCCUCCCUCCCAGUCCCUCCUCAGCUCCACUAGAGCCACACUGCUUCCCUCCUUCCCAGUCCCUCCUCAGCUCCACUAGAGCCACACUGCUUCCCUCCCUCCCUCCCAGUCCCUCCUCAGCUCCACUAGAGCCACACUGCCUCCCUCCCUCCCAGUCCCUCCUCAGCUCCACUAGAGCCACACUGCCUCCCUCCCUCCCAGUCCCUCCUCAGCUCCACUAGAGCCACACUGCCUCCCUCCCUCCCAGUCCCUCCUCAGCUCUCAGCACUAGCAGCCAGUGUCUCUCUCUAUAUUAGCAAUGUUUUUUUUGUGUGUUGUCUCAUGUUGGUAUGGUUUUAUUUGUGUAUCCUUGUCGUCCUGGUUAAUAAAGUUCAGUGACUUGUGUUCCUUUCUUUAGUGUGGUCUUUCUUCAUCUCUGCAGCAGACAGGGCCCUGAGACAGAAUACUGAGACUGACACCCUAUUGACAGUGUUAUGGCAGGUACACCCUAUUGACAGUGUUUUGGCAGGUACACCCUAUUGACACUGUUUUGGCAGGUACACACUAUUGACAGUGUUAUGGCAGGUAUAUCCUAUUGACAGUGUUAUGGCAGGUGCACUCUACUGACAGUGUUAUGGCAGGUACACCCUAUUGACAGUGUUAUGGCAGGUAUAUCCUAUUGACAGUGUUAUGGCAGGUGCACUCUACUGACAGUGUUAUGGCAGGUACACCCUAUUGACAGUGUUAUGGCAGGUAGCCCUACACUUAAGAGGUCAGACUGAACCUCACCUUGCACUGUUUGAUAAAUCUUUGCCUUAUCUACAAAAAACAAACCCAGUCAGCAAACGUGGGUUACGAAAUGAGAGAGAGAGAGAGAGAGAGAGAGAGAGAGAGAGAGAGAGAGAGAGAGAGAGAGAGAGAGAGAGAGAGAGAGAGAGAGAGAGAGAACGCCUCAGCUAAGCAAAAAUCUGAAACUUAAAAUUUAAAAACUCUCCAAAAAAAAUGACAAUAGGUGAAACUUAGGGAUGAAUGUCAGAUUAUAUUAGUUUUUAUUUUUUCUUUUGGUAGGUUCGAUUUGUCUUAAUGCAAAUCACCAGCGUUAGGACAGACGCACAGACACUGCAAUAGGAUUUCAAAUCCGUGUCCGCUGUUAUGAAGUAUGUCGGGUUGCGUGUAGCGGUUGAAACCAGAGUUCUCGCCGUUUGUUUCACGCGGUAACUGUCCUGGAAAAAGGGAAGAAAAAAGAAGUGAGUUUUUUGUUGUUGUUUUUUUUAAAUGAAGACGGUCAGUAAAGCAAUGGGGUCAGCGCGGUUUUAUAAAUUCUUCAUCCCGGUGGCUGUGUUCGCUCUUCUACUCUACCUGGCAAGCCUCAGAUUGCCAGAAUCACACCGGUGGGAUUGCAGAGCUAUCGGGGGACCCUGCCUCAGGAAUCACAUUUCUGGGGAGCCUGGGGGUGAUGUCAGCUCCAGGCCAGCAGAGGGCGCUGUGGAGAGCACGGAGCACAGCAGGCUGUGCCGGGGGCGGGACUUCCAGAUCCACCGGGUGCUGACAGCGUUUAACUCCGCGGUGACCGGAGAGCGGGAGAUACUGCUGGACCGCUACCUGGAGGGCUGGGAUGAGCUGGUCAAGUUCCUGGAGGCUUUGGGGACAGUGAUCGGUUUCAUCUCUCAGGAGGUGAAUGGUAAGCUGGGGCUGGUGCGGGAUCUGCGUCGUGGAGCCCCUGCGACGGAGAAGGGGGACCCCUAUCGGACCUUGCGCUCCAUGAUGGCUCACGAGCUGCGGGCGGGGCUGGUGGAUUUCCGUCGGCAGUCCCUCUCCGGCUGUCGCACUCUGCUGAGGCUGCACCGCGCCCUGCACUGGCUGCAGCUGUUCCUGCGCGCCGUGGGACGCAGUUCCGUGGGAGACAGCAUGGGGGCGCUGUGCAGCGUGGCGUACAACCAGGCGCUGGCGCCUUACCAUAGCUGGCUGCUCCGGCAGGCCGUGGGUGUGGCUCUCGUGGCGCUGCCAGACAGGGCGGAGUUCUUCAGGAUCGUGUGUGGGGAGGAGGGGGAGGAGGAGAAGGGGGAGAGGGAGAGGGAGGGGCGGCAGCUCCUUGAGAGGACAGUCCUGGCUAUCACACGGGUUUAUAACAUCACACAGGAGGCGUACCAGGAGAACGGCAUGCUGGACUUGCCCUAACCUCCAGGUCCUAUUCCCCCCCCCCCCCCAAGCUCAUGGCUGGUAUCUCCUCAAUAUUUUGUUUCAGACACCCUAUCUGCAAAAUCUUAACUGCUAACUCUCAGCCCUUCAAAAGGAGGCGACAAUUUUGUUGAAUUGUCACGUAUGUCACCUCCUGACCCUUCAUGUGCUCUGGAGCCCCCAUUCUCAAUGGCAGCGUGGUUAACGAAGCACCGACAGGACACCAAUGGAGGAAACAGAGCCACCUGUAGCUCGAGCUGGCAAAGUCAAAUAUUUAUCAGAGGAGCGAUUUUCAUAUCGUGCCAUUGGUUUAGUGUCUGCUUGUGCAGGUUGUGGAUCCAUAACUAUAACAGCAAAUGCUGCAGAAUUUAGAAAUAUCGUAAGACUUAAUUGAAAAAGAAAAUUAAUGUUUCAAUGAGAAAUCUUUUAUAAAAACACAAAUGAUCUUUCAUAUAAGGAGUCUGAGUUCAUGAAACCAGGCACAAGCAGAAAUGAUACCAAAAUGAGUUCUUUGGAAAUAGGAAAGAUCCAUCUUGCUAGAAUCUGUGUAAAACCCCUAAAAUUUAUUACAAUAUAUAUUUUUUUGAAUUUCAACUGCAAGCAAGUGAUGCUUGACAUUCAUCCUAACCACACAUUUGUCUUCAAAAAUCACUUUUGCUGGUUUCACCAAUUCUAGCCUUUACCAUCUUAAAAUGAGAAAAAAAAAAAAAAAAAAAAAAAGUGAAUCAUGGUCUGUGAAACCAGCCAUUUCACAUGCUAGUCUCCAGCUAAGAAUUAGAUUUUAGUAUAGUCUUACCAGGAGAUUAGACAGACACCGUGUCUAUCUACACACAUGUUUCUGAAGUUCUAACAAGCUGAUUUCAUGCACUAUGUACAGUAUGCCAAGGAUUUUUAGGACAAAAAACAGAGACAAAUAUUUCAGCUUUAAGGCUUUAUUCAAAACACAGGAACAUUGAAGAUUUAACAGCAAGAACCACAGCGACCAGCAACAGGAGUCCAGAGACGACAGCAGAGACUCCCACGAGUGGAAGAGAGCAGGGCAGCGGAGAAGAGUCUGAAAACAGAGCAAGAGGGGUGAGGAGACACAGCCUGCCAUGCAUGGAGGAGACCUCACACAGGGACUGGAUUAAAAACUUUAUAUGGGGGACAAAUAGAUGACCCAAUGAGCUAGGGUUGCAGGACAGCCUCAAUCUUGUGCCAUGCAAAUUAAAUGGAGAAGAGCAACUACCACAUUGUAAAAUGCAGGACUUCAAAAAAGUUGAAGAUUCCUAAAUUAAAGAGAGCACAGAGUGGUUUAACAUUAGCAUGGAGUGCCUGUUUCUAUAUUAGACCUGAAAUAUAAUUCACACCCAGAGGCUUUCAUGCAGGUAGGUAUUUAAAAAAAAAAAAAAAAAAAAAAAAAAGGGAUAUCAAUUACAAAUCUCCAAUAAGUUUAUACACACACUACUGUAAAUAUAAUAAACCCAGCAGCUGAAACUGAAAGCCACAAGUUGUUACUCAACACUUUCUGGAAGAGGAAGGAUAACAUUUCAAAAGACGUGGCUCGAGACAAGAGCAGUACUAAAGAGGGGGGGAGGAAAUGUUUAUAUAUUACACACACUAUAACCAAGGAGAACCCCCAGACCAAAGUUUCAAAUCUUAAGGUUCACCUUUUAAUUAGUUCCAAAAUACCCACGCAACGUUCUGCAUGGAACGUUAUUGCUUCUACACAAUGUGCCAUAUUUACUCCAUCAUUCUGUGGUUCUUAAUCCACCCCCAAAAGCCACUCUACCUCUCAAAUCUUGAAUCCCAAGUAACAGUAGCAACUUAGUCACCACCAGCAAACUCAUUCAACAUUACCGCUCACAAUCCAAACACAUUUCCACUCUACAGUGCACCAUCUAAAAACAGUGUCAGCACCACCGUUCUCUAGGGAGACGUCAGAUGAACAACCCAGCUACACGUCUGGUGAUCAUAUUUAAUAGAUCUUAAUCCGGUCCAUCAGAAUACCUAUAGCCGUACUGGGCAGAACUCCGCAGCGAGACUGGAUCGUACCAGCAAGCCACCCAAGGAGGACCUUCACUGGACUGCUGGAUGAAUAGACCGAUCUGCUUACCAGAUCUCUGGGCUCCAGGCACACAAGUCUUAUUGCAGGUAUCCUCCAGGUUGGGAUCACAAACCACAACCAUGCAAUGGAAAUACACCUGGGGAGGGACAGAAGCAGCUCUCGUUAAAACAGGAGAACACUGCCACACUGUGGCUGAAGCCGGUAGCGCAUCAAUCCCUCUUUCCUAUUAAAGUUUAAUAGAGCAUGCCUAUUUAAAAGCCUUGCAUGAAGUGAAUCAUUCUGGGUUCAAGUCAGAGUGUAAGGGAGGGGGCACUAACCUGUCUGUCCUUGCUAGACUGCUGUGCCCGCACCUCAAGCCUC